CGGACCGGCCGGGCCGGGACUCGGGCCGGGGUGAGCGGAGGGGUCUGCGCGGCCGCCCGGCCCGGCCGCGGAUCAGGUGCCUGGGACCAUGGGCCUUGGGCCCUGAGGACACGGGCUCCCCGUGGCCAUGACGACGGGCGAAUGCUGCCACCUCCCCGGCUCCCUGUGCGACUGCUCCGGCAGCCCCUCCUUCUCCAAGAUCGUGGAGGCCACGGGCCUCGGGCCACCCCAGUAUGUGGCGCAGGUGACUUCAAGGGACGGCCGGCUCCUCUCCACUGUCAUCCGGGCCUUGGACGCGCCGAGCGAUGGUCCCUUCUGCCGGAUCUGCCAUGAGGGAGCCAACGGGGAGAGCUUGCUGUCUCCGUGUGGCUGUACCGGCACUCUGGGCGCCGUGCACAAGAGCUGUCUAGAGAGGUGGCUCUCCUCAUCCAACACCAACUACUGCGAGCUGUGCCACACGGAGUUUGCGGUGGAGAAGUGUCCCCGGCCCCUCAUAGAGUGGCUGAGGGACCCGGGGCCGCGGACGGAGAAGCGGACACUCUGCUGCGACAUGGUGUGCUUCCUGUUCAUCACGCCUCUGGCUGCCAUCUCGGGCUGGCUGUGCCUGCGAGGGGCCCAGGACCACCUCCGGCUCCACAGCCGGCUCGAGGCCGUGGGGCUCAUCGCCCUCACCAUCGCCCUCUUCACCAUCUACGUCCUCUGGACGCUGGUCUCCUUCCGCUACCAUUGCCAACUGUACUCCGAGUGGAGAAGGACCAACCAGAAAGUGCGCCUGAAGAUCCAGGAUGUGGAUGGCCCCGAGGGCCCCCAGCCCUCCCUGCUGGCAGCCGGACUCCUGAAGAAGGUGGCAGAGGAGACGCCUGUGUGAAGGCCAGGCUGGCAGGGCCAGCGGCAGCUGGCGAUGCCCUGGCGUUUGGAGGGACGGAAACUGCCCGACUCUUCCUGCACGGCCAGAACGCUUUUUAGGCCAAGAGACACCGAGCAGAGCCGAUUCUGUGAUCCCGUGUGAAGAUACUUUCAGACUGUUUUGCACACGGUUGUACCCGAGGAGGUGGACGUGGUCCUGAGCUUCGGACGGAUCAGGCACCCUGAUCUCAUUCUGAGGUCCACUCGGCCCCUCCGGGGCCAGCAGCUGUGGCCAUGGGCGAGCCGAGGGUGUCCAUCGGGCCGGAAGGUUCCACAAGCUUCUUGCGCUUCUCCACACCUGGCAGGCUCGCUUUCCCGGCACCCUUGACUUCAUCAAGUUGCACCGUGUUUCAAAAACCCACCCCGAAUGAAUAAAAGGAGCCCUUGCUGGACAAAACGGACUUGUCAGUUACGUUUCUGAACCAAGGCCUCAAGUGAGGGACCUGGGACCCCAGGGCAGCCGGGGACCACAAACAGGUGAAAAAAACAACAACAGAGGCCCUCUGCUGGUUUUGAGGGAUCUGUUAUGAAACACACCGGAAGAAGCAAAGUCUGAGUUUUCAAGUGAAAAGCAGGUAGCAGGGUUAUAUAAUAAAUGGUUUAAAAUCGCUAUGCAUAAGGAGAACAGUUUCCACUUACUUUGCAUCUCCAGAUGCCACGCUGGUGUACUUACUAAUCACUAACGUCCACACUUCUCGAGGGUUCCUCAGUUCUGAGCCUGCACAGGCAUCCUCUCUCUGCCUUUUAGACCAUCCUUGAGGGGAGGAAUGGCUGCUGCCUCCAUUUUACGGAUGAGAAGACUGGGGCCCAGAGCAAGGAAGCCUCUGUCUAAGGUUGCACAGCUCUAGGAAGGAGAGUUGGGGUUGACCUUGGGUCUUCGUGGGCCUAGUGCUGAGCUCUAAGCUUGCCUUCCAGGAGGACUCAGGAAAAGCAGCAGAAUAUGGUUGUGCUAAUAACCACAUGUACUUCUUGAGCACUUUCUGAGCUUUUCACGUGGAAGGGUUCUCUGCAUUGGGCCGCAUUUCAUACUCAGAGCAGCCCUGAAAGGUGGGUUCUGGACUUCUCUUAUUAAUCCCAUUUGCACAUAAGCAAACUGAGGCUCAGAGCAGUGGGGUCGCUCACCCAAGAUCACACCUCCCUGACGGACCUAGCACAGUGUCUGGAAUGUUCUAUUGUUUUCAGCAUGAAGCCCUGUCUGGUAUGUGGUUCACCCACGGAGUAAAAAAACCCUUUCCACCCCAGCGUAGAAGGGCCAGAGGCAGCCAGCCUGGCCACGGGAAUGGAGGGAACAGUAAAGGGCACAGGCCUGGAGGCUGGAACUUGUGUGGCCUGUAGGAGGAGCAGUGUGGCAGACGUGAUUGCUGGAGCAGCGAGACUGAGGGGCAGGAGAGAGGCAGUUAGAAAGACGAGCAGGGCUUUGUAGGCAUCUGGGGUCUGCAGAAACCCAGGACCUUAUCCAAGCGCAAUCGCUCUGCUGGCGCUCAGGGGCCCUUCUGGCAUCUGCAUCUUCUCUCUCUACACAGGCCCAGCACCCACCUCUCUCAGGCCAAUUUUGGAUUGUGGUGCCCCUGGAGGUGAUGCAAAGAGGCCCCAGGACAUGCCAUUGUGAAAAGAGCUGUUUCCUUUGCAAAUCUCUUCUAAUACUUUCAAUUACAUCAAGGAGAAAGUUGUAGGUUGGGCUAGACUGUCUUAAAUGACCCUUAACCUAAGGGAGGAGAGAACAAGCCUCAGGCUCAGAGCCUUUGGCAGCAUGCACAACUGAAUUCACACUUGAAUAGCAUCAUCUUCUUAUUUAUUUUUUACAGUUAGCUGUUUAUAGCAAGUUUUCAUAUA